GCGGGUCCCGGCUUCCUUACAUGGUCACGGCCGGGCUUCCAGCUCCCGGACGUCCCCCGCCCCCCGCCCCCACCGGACACGGCCCCCGCCCUGUUCGCCCCGCGCCACCCGCCCGCGCCCCGCCAUGGAGGACCUGGACGCCCUGCUCUCUGACCUGGAGACUACCACCUCGCACAUGCCAAGGUCAGGGGCUCCCAAAGAGCGCCCUGCAGAGCCUCUCACCCCUCCCCCAUCCUAUGGCCACCAGCCACAGACAGGGUCUGGGGAGUCUUCAGGAGCCUCGGGGGACAAGGACCAUCUGUACAGCACGGUAUGCAAGCCUCGGUCCCCAAAGCCUGCAGCCCCGGCGGCCCCUCCAUUCUCCUCUUCCAGCGGUGUCUUGGGUACUGGGCUCUGUGAGCUAGAUCGGUUGCUUCAGGAACUUAAUGCCACCCAGUUCAACAUCACAGAUGAAAUCAUGUCUCAGUUCCCAUCUAGCAAGGUGGCUUCAGGAGAGCAGAAGGAGGACCAGUCUGAAGACAAGAAAAGACCCAGCCUCCCUUCCAGCCCAUCUCCUGGCCUCCCAAAGCCUUCUGCCACCUCGGCCACUCUGGAGCUGGAUAGACUGAUGGCCUCACUCUCUGACUUCCGUGUUCAAAACCAUCUUCCAGCCUCUGGGCCAACCCAGCCACCAGUGGCAAGCUCCACAAACGAGGGCUCCCCGUCCCCACCGGAGCCGACUGGCAAGGGCAGCCUAGACACCAUGCUGGGGCUGCUGCAGUCUGACCUCAGCCGCCGGGGUGUUCCCACUCAGGCCAAGGGCCUCUGUGGCUCCUGCAAUAAAGCUAUUGCUGGGCAAGUGGUGACGGCUCUGGGCCGCGCCUGGCACCCCGAGCACUUCGUUUGCGGAGGCUGUUCCACCGCCCUGGGAGGCAGCAGCUUCUUCGAGAAGGAUGGAGCCCCCUUCUGCCCCGAGUGCUACUUUGAGCGCUUCUCGCCAAGAUGUGGCUUCUGCAACCAGCCCAUCCGACACAAAAUGGUGACCGCCUUGGGCACUCACUGGCACCCAGAGCAUUUCUGCUGCGUCAGUUGCGGGGAGCCCUUCGGAGAUGAGGGUUUUCACGAGCGCGAGGGCCGCCCCUACUGCCGCCGGGACUUCCUGCAGCUGUUCGCCCCGCGCUGCCAGGGCUGCCAGGGCCCCAUCCUGGAUAACUACAUCUCGGCGCUUAGCGCGCUCUGGCACCCGGACUGUUUCGUCUGCAGGGAAUGCUUCGCGCCCUUCUCGGGAGGCAGCUUUUUCGAGCACGAGGGCCGCCCGUUGUGCGAGAACCACUUCCACGCACGGCGCGGCUCGCUGUGCGCCACGUGUGGCCUCCCAGUUACCGGCCGCUGCGUGUCGGCCCUGGGCCGCCGCUUCCACCCGGAUCACUUCACAUGCACCUUCUGCCUGCGCCCGCUCACCAAAGGCUCCUUCCAGGAGCGCGCCGGCAAGCCCUACUGCCAGCCCUGCUUCCUGAAGCUCUUCGGCUGACAGCCCGCUGGGCUCGCCCUCUCCCCCGGAGGCCACGCCCUCCCGGUAAAGCGGGUCCUGCAGACCCAGAGGCCUCGCUUUCAGAGUGUGAGGCCCCACCCACUGGAGAGCCCCGCCCCUAAGGUACUCUGAGUCCUUAGGGGUCAAGUUCAGAAAAGGCCCAGCCAGACCUAAACCCACACACCCACAAAGUGAAUCGCACACAGACGAGAGCUCCUGUGCGAGCCUCCACUCUCUAUUCCCACCCUUGAGGGGGCCCCCUGACUGGGGGAGGGUCCUUGCAAUUCCAGCGAAUCGGAGGCCAGACCAGGACGUCCUUGCUCCCUGCACCCUCACUGUUCUGUGCACUUUUUCUACCUACAUAAACACACGCAUUCCACGUC